AUGAAAGAGACACAGGAAGGUUCCUCUUAAUUAAAAUAAAAUAGCAAACAGGUUGGAUACAGGAAGAAAAAAACAAACAAACAAAAGGUGCGUGACUUGUAAUAACAGCUCAUAUAAUGAAGGAGUGGGAUUUUACAGGGAAGGGUUAAACGAAUGAACUGAAUUGAAUGAAAAAAAGUAUAAUCGAUCAAUUCAUCCCUCAUCUUGUGCAAAGAUACGAGAUAGAUGGGUGCUUCUCUAUCAUCAUCGUCGUCGUCAGUGUCCGAGAAAUCCAUCCAUCAAUUCACCGUCAAGGAUAGCUCUGGCAAGGACGCUGACCUAAGCGUGUAUGAAGGGAAAGUGCUUCUCGUCGUCAAUGUGGCUUCUAAAUGCGGACUCACCGAAUCCAAUUACACCCAGCUCACGGAACUUUACCGGAAAUAUAAAGAUCAAGGGUUCGUGAUCUUGGCGUUUCCUUGCAAUCAGUUUCUAUACCAAGAGCCUGGCACCAGCCAAGAGGCUCAUCAAUUUGCUUGUACUAGGUUUAAGGCCGAAUACCCUGUUUUCCAAAAGGUGCGUGUUAAUGGACAAAACGCAGCACCGAUCUACAAAUUCCUGAAAUCCAAGAAACCCACUUUUCUUGGAUCUCGGAUCAAAUGGAACUUCACCAAGUUCUUGGUCGCCAAAGAUGGUCAAGUCAUUGAUCGUUAUGGCCCAACUGUUUCACCUCUCUCCAUCCAGAAUGACAUCGAGAAAGCCCUUGCACAAGAAUUAUGAACCUUUGAACACACAAGAGGCUUUUGGACUGCUUUGGAAGAAGACCUUUAUCUCUCUAGGGAUGCAUAAAAGUUUUCGCAUUUCAAUAUUGGCCUAGGGGACCUUCCUUCUUCUGGGCAUAGUAUUCAUCUUUUGUGUAAAUGACUCAUCUCUUAUGUAGAAAUUUGUUCAAAGCUGUCUCCAGUAAAUAUAUCAGGACGUACAAAUAUGUAAACCACCCAACAGAUAAACAAGAUUAUAUGCAAGUGUUAAAGAUAA